CAUGCACCUUUUAGACCUUCCUAACGAAAUUCUGCUUCUCAUCGGCUAUUCUUCAGAUUAUUCCUGGGACAUCAGUUGUUUCUCCCAGGUCAACCGCCGUCUUCAUUCAUUACUAGAUGGCCUUGCCUAUCAACAUGACCAACGCCAUCACGAUAGCUCAUUAUUGGUAUGGGCAGCGAAGAAUGGAAUCGUGCCAAUUUCACGCAAAAUGCUGGAUAACGGGGCCUACCCUUUGCGAUGUCAUGAUGGAGAGCAUACGGCCAUGUCGCUUGCUGUGAUUAAUGGACAUGUCUCAAUACUAGAGCUGUUCCUGGAAAGAAACAUACCUCUAUCUAGAACGGACUUCCUCGACCCUGACUAUGACGCGCUGACGGACGCAGUGCAUGAGGGCCAUGCAGCUGUUGUCCGGUUGAUUAUUGAACAAGAGAAACUCCCAACUUCUUGGAACUUCGAAUUUCUGUUGGCUGAUGCAGCGGGGGACGGAUAUAUUGCUGUCGUCGAAGCGCUCAUGAGAUUAUGGGAAAUGGAACAUCCUCCUGACCAGCUUCCUCUCCCUUCACUGGCAACCGCACUGGCCAGGGCAUUGUGCAGCGCAGCGGGUGCGGAUGAGAUAGAAAUGGUUCGGUGUCUGCUCCGACUCGGAGCCAACCCGAAUACAGUUCCUCAUACACGGGAUACCCCAUUACUUGCCGCCGUCACCUACGGUCAUUUUGACAUGCUCCAGUACUUGCUUACUCAUGGUGCAGAUGUGGCUCAGUUACCAGUUGAACAGAGAUCCAGUCUUUUCUCUAAAGCCGCCACCGACGAGCGUGACGCGAGGCUCAUUUUGGAAAGCAUCGAUUAUAAAAAUUUUGCAAUGAACAGUAAAAAGGAACAUGCAUAUUUGCUGUAUUGCGCUAUUGCAUGCGAGUCUGAACAACAUGUGCAAGAGCUUCUGCAAUAUGGCUUGCCAGAUGACAGUGAUUUUGUAGUCCGUCGUUAUGACCAAUGUUGCCUACGCUGUGGACCGCUUGAGGUGGCCGCAAAGACAGGCAACGAGAAGAUUGCGUCUCUACUGUUAGACAGAGGCGCUUCUUGCAACCCUCGAGACAUGAUCCCAUCCCGAGACCCACUUCGCUUAGCCAUCCUCGAAGGACAUGAGAAUAUGGUCAAGUUGCUGCUCGAUCGCGGUGCUGACCCAAAUUACAUUGAGCGUCUGGGCGCUACUGUCUCCUUGCCGCUAGUUCUAGCUAUCGAGCACGAGCCUAUCUUCAAACUGCUACUUGAGCGAGGAGCUGACCCCAUGAGCCCAAUUUACUCUCGCUACACCAAUAGCACUGUGGCACUACAGGUAAUUAUGUCCGGGAAAGUGGCCUUGGUCCAGGCAUUGCUGGAUCGUGAUGUGCCAAUUGAAAUCCCUGGCCCUUUGCACCAUCAACAAGAGAGGACCAGUCUUUUGCACUACGCGAUAGAGGGAGGGGCAGAUAUUAUAAAAUUCCUUCUUGCGGAGGGCUUUCUGAAUCUUCCUAGUGACUUGGAUGAGAGAGAGGAAGCCGUCAGAUAUGCAUUAGACAGAAAGCAGGCCUCCUCCUUCAACUAUCUCAUGGAUCAAGGUUUUAAUAUGCCUAUUAAUGAGGUCCCGAAAACACUUGAAAAGCUUGCUGGCUAUGCGCAGACAAUAGGCUACGGUUCUCUGCAUUCUCAGGCCAACGCGAUGUUCAGUACAUUAUUAAACUGCGGUGCGAAUAUAAAUGCUACCGAUACUCCUGGAUACUCGGCUCUCUGGUAUAGUAUCCACUUCCGCCACAUAAAAACCGUGGAAUAUCUUCUCAGUAAAGGCGCGGAUCCGCUUACUCUGAACAAGGGCGGGGAAACGCCAUUAUCUCUCUCAGUGCAGUGGAUGGAGGGGUUCGAGCUCCUAAUGCGAUCAAUUGACAUUUCCUCGGUGCCGCCAUAUCAGUUGCGCUAUAGGAUAGAGAGAUGUCUGGGUACAGCUGUCGAGUUUAAGCAGUGGGAGGUUGUGAAGAGGUUGGAGCGGCUUUUAGUCAAGGUUAAUAGACUGGAGGGUUGAUUCCUCCACCCGGUGGACUAGGUAUAUACACUUCUAGUACAUACACUGGAGAGCAACUAGCGCUCCGGUCCGCUGAUGUAUGAUAUCCUCUGUGCUGAGAUAUCCUUUGUGGCUCGGCUUAUUCGUUUCCGAUACGGACUGCGACAGCAUAGUUGUUCAACCUAUCCGGCCUAACAGUCGAGGCCUUCCGUUGAAUAGAAGCAGAUCCCAGACUAUGCCAGCGGGGGACGAGAGCUGAAGAUGCACAUAUGGACGGAUGAAAGAAAGGAAAAGAUUAAAUUGGCACCCUUUUUAUAUCUACACCCCUCCGAAUUAGACAAGUCAACGAAACUGCGAAAAGGCGCUAAUAUGCCAACUCACU